GUAUAUACAGGCGCUGCAACUCUACGCCCACUACAUUUCCGAAAGCCACGCCCUCCUUAGCGACAAUAUUGGCUUCAUACGAAUACGUGUAUUGCCUUAGGCACUUCACCCUCGUGUUUCUAGUCUUCUUAGGUAUAAGUUAUUGGAAAAAAUGACCGGUUAACCCAUAUCCUAUUUCUUAUAAAUAAUCGCCCAUCCCUAUCAUGUACUACUCACCGACAUAUGUCAGUUGUCAUGCAGUGUGUUUGAGGUUAUUGCACUUGACAGAUUUUAUCGUCAACAAUAAAACAACAACAAAAACAUUUAAAUUAAGACACUUUUUUCAACUUAAAAAAUCAUCAAAUGAGAUGGCAAACGACAGAGAAAUUUUACGAGAAAUCUGGGAAGGCAAACUUCCAGUUUGUUUCCGUUUAGAUAAAGACGAAGUUGCCGACUUUCGUGAACCAGAUCCGUUCUACUUGAUGGUACCUAGAUUAAGCUAUUUUCCUUUGGUCAUAGAUAAAGUACGCAAGCAUUUCUUAAAGUUUGUCGCGAAUGAGAAAGCUGAACAGGAGAUGUGGCUAGAAUAUAAUGGACAACCACUGAAAUGGCAGUACCCUAUUGGAGUGCUCAGCGAUCUGUUGUUAGGUCCUGAUGAUCUGCUUCCAUGGAAUAUUACAGUACAUUUCAGUAAAUUUCCAGAAUCGGAAGUUUAUAGGUUUGAUAGCAAAGAAAUGGUAGAAUCAUACUUCAUGGCUUGCUUGAAAGAAGCAGAUGUAUUGAAACAUAGAGGUCAAAUUGCUAGCAGUAUGCAGAAAAAAGACCACAACCAACUAUGGUUAGGCUUACAAAAUGAAUUUCUCAACCAGGGAGAAGGAAACCCCAUAACCUGAGGCAACAGUCCAAAAGAUGGCAAUGCUAUCACUUAAAGAUGGUGGUGGAUGUGUUUAUAGUUUGUAAGCAAAAGUGGUUGACAGCACUGUGAUAGAUAUGACCAUUUUUGUACAGGCACAACUUUCACUUAUAUUUGAAAAAUUUGAUCAGUUCUGGGCUGUGAAUAGAAAAUUAAUGGAAGCAUCAGGAGACCAAGAUUAUUUCAAAUACAUUCCCUUUAGAUGCUAUAUUGAUGAUGGAUAUAGGCAGAAACUUGUAAAACCUAUCUCAGAUGAUAAUCAUAAAAAGACAUUGCAAGACUUGUUAGAGGAAUUAUUCCCCGGUAACAAAAACAUUAAGGUGAAAACACAUGGGAUGAUACCACCAAUGGAAACACCACUUCAGUGGUUAUCAGAACACUUAAGUUAUCCAGACAAUUUCUUGCAUCUGUGUGUAGUUUAGUGUAUUAUUUAAGUGCAUAUAUGUGGAGAAUUCAUAUUAUUAUAUCUAAGAUAACACCAGGAGUUUUACUACCAUUUAGUAGAGAACCAUGAUAUCACAGAAACAAUAUGACAGCCUCAAAUAAUAUGGUCAGUAGUUUAACAGGUCUUCAAAAAGAUUGCUUGAAUAUUGGUUAUGAUUAUGUCUUUCACAGAAAAGAGUGGCGAGGAAAUAUUGUAAUCACGAAAAAUUUGGAAAUUGAGAUAUCUUCCCUCCCUAUCUUUAUUUUUUAAUAGAUUACCCUGU